CAGUGUAUAGCUGUUGCUAACAGUCAUUUAAACAAAAAAUUUUGCUAGCAAAAAGAAACAAAAUUUUCUUGUUUCUGUGAAAAAAACCGAAAUUUAUUUCUCUUUGCAGUAAUUUGUGCUUAAAAUUUGUUUCGAUCGUUAUAAUAUGAAAUGGAGCAACUUUGUCGAGUCUGUACAGAGCCGGAGAAUCGUUCGGUUAAUCCAUUAGUUGAUAUUUUUACCACCACCAUCGAGCUGAACCAACAACAGCAGCAUCAAUCGAGACAGAUCUCUUCCGGUGGACACCAAGCUGUAAACGGGACUGGCGAAGAUGAAGAACCAACAAUAUUAAUCCAGACCAUCGCACAGGCUAUGGUAUCAUGUUUGGAUGUUGAGAUAAAGCCUAACGAUGAACUGCCCCAUAGUAUCUGCCACAACUGUAUGGACAGGUUGAAAGAAACAUGGAACCUUCGUGAACUAUGUAAAGCAAGCGAAAAAAAGCUUAAAUUUAUGGUAGAGGAAGGAUUUGAUAUCGUCAAACAAGAAAUCUUCAAAGAAGAAUCUUUUGAAGUGCAUGAAAACGAGGUACCCGGAUCACCUUUCGAGGUAUUGAAAGACAGUGUGGAACCAGAAACAAGUGUUUUCCCAAGCUCUUCAGGAAAAUCAUCUGACCCAACGAAAGACUCGCUACAUUCAGAGUUCAGUUGGUCUUACGCGGACCUAGCUAAAGGACGGUUCCGUUCGAGAAGUGGAGAGGACCACACGUGGGACAUCAUAGAAAUUACUGAUUCCCGUUGUUGUGGAUGCUUCAAAUUUUUUACCUCCAGAUCUGCGAUGGCGAAUCACAGAGCGAAGGAACACAAGGCACUACCACAUGGGGAUAGAAACAAGCGGUUCGAAUGCAACGGUUGUAUGCAACUGUUUUCCAGUACCGAUGCGAUGAAUUUCCAUCAGAAAAUGGCCCGGGCAAGACAGUUGUUUCAUUGUAUAAAGUGUGAUAUUUUGUCUCCCAGUAAGCGUCAGUUGAAGGCUCAUCUAAGGAUUCACGCCCUAAAACCUUUAACGUUUGAUGGAAAUGAACAUGUAUCCAAAGGCUCGGGUAUCAGUGGACCACUGUCCGAAAGUGAUAGCCGAUUCAUGAAAAAGUUCAUCACAUUUGACUAUUUCGUCUACAAUGGAUACUAUUGUUGCGAUUGUUGGACCUAUUGUGAGACCAAGCGUGAAAUGAAACGACAUGGUGAGAAAGAACAUCAGGGAAAUCGAGGGUUCGAUGAGGAUUAUCAGUGUUUUGCUUGUUUGAAAUCUUUUCCGACCGAAGACAUUUUCAAGCAACAUAUGAAUGAAUUGGAAACCCAGCAUGCAUAUUACUGUAAAACGUGCAAAUUAUUGUUCCGUAACGCGGAAACUUUAAAACAGCAUCAGCAAUCGAGUUCUAAGCAUGAAGGGUUUUUUGAAUUAGAAAUUAUAGACGUCCAAGAUGAAAUAGAGAUCUUCAAACCAACAAGUUCUUCAUCGAUAAGAGAAAGUCAUCAAAUGAAAAGGGUUCAGACGACAGCAAACAAUGAUUACGAAGAUGAUGCUUUCGAGGACGAAAAUAUUCCAGAAAACGGCGAUUCAAACGAUGAGGAUUACGAACCUAACGCCUCAUCGGUUCAGGAGAAGGCUGUUAAAGAACCGUACGGGCGCCGACUGUAUGCUCCUGUUGUAACCAAGCGAAACGAUCCUGAUCUCACGGAAGGAUCGGUAGUUGAAAUAUCUAGCACAACUCGGUUUCGAUGUUGUGGUUGCUAUCAAAGUUUUCUCACCGAAGAAGAGUUGGACCAGCAUGCAUUAAACACUUAUCAACAUUCUAAUGAACAGCUUGCUGUGCACGGGAACCAUCCGUACCAGUGCCAACGGUGCUUUCGGCAAUUCGAUAAAGCAGUCUCAUUGCUAAUGCAUCAGCUGUUUGUUAGAACUGUGCUACUGUACCGUUGCAAGCUGUGUCCGCGAGAGUUUGAUUUUCAGAGCUUAUUUAUUCGACACUACAUCACCCACGAGGAGGUUUUCAACAGCGUUGAUAAACGAGGACCGAAACCGAAAACAUCAGCAGAGAAAAUCGAUAACAAAUUUUACUGCUGUUUCACGGCUUGCAAGGAAUCGUACCUAGAAUACAACAGUUUGUUGGCCCACGUUGACGAUAACCACGGAGUGAAAAGGAAUCAGUUCAAAGAUUAUCGCGACAGCGACGAAAAUUGCUGUGAAAUUUGUUUCCGGAGCUUUAAUAAUUACCGGGCACUCAUACGCCACAUGUCACAGCAGCAGAGACCGAUUAUGACUGGUGGAUAUACCUGCAGCACCUGUGGUAUUCAGAAGAAAUCGAUUGCCACACUGAGAGAUCACGAAAACAUUCACACCGGAGCCAAACCUUACAAGUGUGAUGUUUGCAGCAAGGCGUUUUCCUCGAAAACCAUACUCAACAAUCAUAUGAUCGUACACAGACAGGAACGUCCAUUUAGUUGUGAAAUUUGUGGCAAAACGUUCGCCCGGAAACGUAAUUGGAAAGAUCACGCCAUGACCCACACGGACGAACGACCAUGGGAGUGUGAGAUUUGCAAACUAACGUUUCGCAUCGAGACGCAGUUCUUAACCCACAAACGACGCCACACAGGAGUUCGACCGUACAAAUGCAGCUUCUGUGAUAAAGUCUAUAGCCACGCGACGGACCGGAAGCGGCAUGAAAUGGCAGCCCACACGGGCGUAAAGCCGCACCAGUGCAGUUUCUGUCCGCUAGCGUUUAUCCGAAAGCGGCAGCUGAUCAUCCACGAACGAACACACACCGGUGAGAAGCCUUUCGAAUGCCAGUAUUGUGGACAGGCUUUUAUCCAGCAGGGUUAUUUGACCCGGCAUUUGGCAACGCACAAGCCACGUGCAGAUGCUUUGCUGUAGCUGUAGGGUUUUAUUGAAUGCCAAUACAAGAUGUGUACGUCUUAGGCAUUUUUGUUCUUUGUAAACCAAUUUUAAAUGAGACUAAUGUCACACGAGUGAUAAAUCAUCUCCAAUUCACUCAAAAAUAAUUAGGCAUUUUCGUAUGUAGUAUUCCGAAAAAGUCCUUGGCUUCUUACAUUAAUGUUUAGUCUCUUCAAAUAAGGAUUUUUACUCUUAUUUUCUCAAUUUACAGAAAUAAACACUCUCAUAACUUAAGAAUACCCAUAGCUGUUUAUAUUACUUAACACAAUUUGAAUUAAUUACAAUUAAAAAAAAAGAGUAAUAUAAGUACAUUCGGUCGCUCCAGGAAGAUGAUGAGCUUUCAAUCAUCCAGAAUAUAGACAUCGUCAUCGUCUUCUUCAUCCUGAUUGGAAUUAUCUUCGACAUCGUGAAUGGUAAACGUUUGACCGCCUGAAUUGAUUUGCUGGGGAACAUUGUUCAUAGACAGUGAGUGUGCUGGCGCUGUCCCACCAAGAC